AUGGCGCAACGACCGGUAUUUUGGCAGAAGCGCGUUCUCGUGCCCUUCUGGAUAGUGCGCAUAUUACUCCUCAUCGACAUUCUCGCCAUCCUGCUCUUCCUUCGCGAUGCGCUGAAACCCGGCACUUUCCUCACCAUGAACUCGUUCCAGACUGCGUUCUGGGGCGUCGCCUUGAUCAUGGAGUUUGCAGAUAUUGGCAAAGGCGGUAGCCAUGUAGGGCUUGGAUUCGGUGUCUUCGUAUUCCUCAGCUACUUCGGUCUCUUCAUCUACUCGGUCAUCGGUUAUCGUCGCGCGAAGGCAGAGGCCAAACGAGGCCAGUACGCACCUGCGCACAACCCAUUCGGGGGCUCCGUACCUGCUCAGCAAUCAUCGCCGUACAACAGCGCACCCGAAUACCAAAAUACCGCAUACCACUCGCAGACGCAACCUGCUGAGAUGAACAACCAGUAUCUGCCACCAUACCAGAGCGGUGCUGCGACCGACUACUAUCAGCAGCCGGUGAAGCCUGCCCAUAUAGUAUGA